AUGGCUAAAUGGGGAGAAGGUGACCCUCGUUGGAUCGUCGAAGAACGGCCAGAUGCCACAAACGUUAAUAACUGGCAUUGGACGGAAAAGAAUGCUGGUCCGUGGUCAAAAGACCGAUUGAAGGAGUUAUUAAAUGAUUUAAAAAUAGCUGAAAAUGGUAUAGACUGUAAGAUUACAGAAGUAGAGAAGAUAGAUGGAGAAGCGUCAGCUAACAAUAGAAAAGGAAAGCUAAUAUUUUUUUAUGAGUGGGACAUUAAACUGAAGUGGGAAGGCCUUCUGGCUGGUGCUGCAGAUAAGGUUAAAGGCGAAAUUCAUAUACCGAAUUUAUCAGAGGAGAAUGAUGUCAGUGAAGUAGACAUGACAGUGACAAUAAAAGGUAGUGGUGAUGAAGCGCAGCGUGUGAAAGCAUUCAUGCACAAUGUAGGUAAAAGUGUGAUCCGGGAACAACUUACGGAAUAUAUUAGAAGCUUAAAACAAGAGUUCUCUAAAGGCCUUAUCUUACCAAAGAAAGGAGAACCACAAGUCAAACCUGAUAAUGUAUCAACUAUUACCAGUGGUUUUAAUAAGAAAGUUAACAUGGAGCCUAUAAUUACAUCAGAUAGUAAAAAAAUUGGCUGCAAACUUGACACCAAGAGCAUCGAAUUAACUGAAAGUUUCCAAUGCCGAGCUCAAGAAUUCUAUGAUGCAAUGACUCGAAUAGACAUGGUUACUGCCUUUACUCAGGGCCAUGUUAAAAUGGAAGCGGAAAAAGGUGGGAAGUUUUCCCUCUUUGGUGGAAAUGUUUCUGGAGAGUUUAGAGAGCUUGUGCCUGGUAAAAAAAUUGUACAGUACUGGAGAUAUAAGCAAUGGCCUGAACAACAUUUCUCUGAAGUUACUUUUAGUAUUGAAGAAAAGGAUGACCAUACAUUAGUAACACUGAAGCAAGAUCUGGUCCCGACAUCUGAACUGGAGCAGACGCGCGCCAAUUGGAAGCAUAAAUACAUACUAGGUACUAUUACUAAAUGA